GCACACACACACACACACACACAGAGCAAAAAUCCAACUAUUUAUGUCUUGUAUGGGUGUGUGAAUCUUUUUUCGUCAAAGUGUUUGUUAUCUGUGCGUGUGUGUGUGUGUAACAUUUGGUCUAAGUGACCGAGAAAAAAUAACCGAAAAUAACGAUCGUGCGUUAUCCAUACGCAUUCAUACGAAUGGAUUUGAAAAUUUCCAUCACGAAAAAUCCAUCAUCAUCCACAACAACAUCCAACACACAGCAACGAUCAUCAUCAACAUUUAAUAAAUCGGAAUCAAACGGACCAAUAGUGAUUCCGGAUAAUCAACAGCAACAGCGACAACGAAAUUCCGAAAUAAUAGCAUUACCAUUGAUUGAAGAAUUUCAACAUUUCAAAAUCGAGAUUAAUGAACAUUUACAAAGAUUGGAAACAUUAUUGGAACGUUUCAAGACAAUCAUAAGAAUUAAUUAUACAAUCGAUAAUCAAGAACAAUUAUCACCAAAGAUGAAUACGAUUACACCGACAUCACAAUCAAUGAAAUCGACACCAUCAUCAUUGGAUAUGGGUGGUGAUGAUGAUUUACGCAACGUAUUGACCGAUAUUGACCAACAUUUGUCCAUCCUGAAAGAGAUUGAACAACGUAACUCAUUUGUUUGUGAAUCAUUUUCCCGCGAGAUACGUUCACGUGAUGAAGCAUUAUUGGAUAAAAUGCGACAAAUCACUCUGAUGAAUCAUGAAUUGGCUACAAUGCAAGCGAAAAUACAACAUUUGGCGAUGAAAAAUUCACAUUUGGAAAAUGAAAUUAAAUAUCUAAAGACAGCAUCAUCAGUCACGAAUACAGAAGCAUCAUCAACACCGGUUGGUGUUAAUGAUUUGGAACGUAUUCAUCAUCAGAUUGUUAUGGAUCAACAUCAUCAGCAACAGGGGCAAGGACAUGGAUUUUCGUCGUCGUUGAUCGGUUGCCAAGGCCAACAACCAUCACAACAACCACUGCAAUCAUCAUCAACAAUCGAAUCGAAAUUAAUGAAUAAUAAUGGUCAAUCGAUCCAAAUGGAAAGAAAAUUUUCGGAAGGCUACCUGUCUGAAGUAUCUAUAAUACCAGCGGCUGUACGUCAUAAACAACAACAACAACAACAAUUGGAUGAUGAAAAAACGGUUGACAUAGAUGAUGAUGAUCAGAUGAUGAUGUUGAAACCAUUGAUACCACCGCCACCACCACCACCACUUACACAAUCAUCAUCUUCAAUUUCAAAAGAUAAUAAUCAACAGAAAGAUGCCAUCUAUCAUGAUCUACUUGUACAAUAUCGUAAAAUUGAACAAUUAAUACAGCAAAGUCGUACUUAUAAAAUUAGUAAUUAUGAAAACGUUGCUGACAAAGAUGUUGAUGGAAAUUCAAUAUCAUCGAAUGAUAUAAAUACAUACAUUAUCGAUCAACAGCAACAACAACAACAAGAACAACAGCAGCAGCUACCGGCAUUGAUAUUGAAUAAUGAUGGAACAACAAAUGAAUCAUCAUCAAUCGAUAAUAAUAAUGAUGGAAAACUAGCUGAAAAUGAACAAUCAUUAAAUUCCACUACACCAGCAACAGUUGUAGAAGUUCCAUUAACAUUGUCGAAUCAUCAUCAACAACAUUUGGAAUCACAAAAUGAACAACAACAACAACAACAAGAUGAAAACGAACAACAUUAUAAUCAACAACAACAACAACAACAAUCAUCAACGACAAUGAUAAUGGAUAAUGAAAAUGAAGAUGUUGUCACAACAUCGAUAAAAGCAUAUGAACAUUUUGUUAAAAUGCAACACGAUCUUGAAACAUUGAUGAAAAAAGAGAAUGAAUAUCGUAAUCGUAUUAUGGAAUUGGAACAAGAAAAUCAACGUUUGGAUCAAAAAGUCAAAGAUGAUGAAUUCACAUUGAGUGAUGUGCAAUAUGAAUUGGAAAUUCUGAAACAUAAUUAUGAAUUGGAAAUUGAAAGUUUCAGUACAGCCAUAAAUGAACGUGAAAGUUUGAUUGAAAAAUUGCAGCAAAAAAUGCAAAGUUUAAAAGCACGAUAUUUUAAACUAGAUGAACGAUUGAAAAUGGCUGCAAAAUCAGAGAUUGAAUUCCAAACACGAAUUGAAGAAUUGGAAGGAAGAUUAAAAUAUGAAGAGCUACAGAAACAGACAAUGAUUGAUUCUCGGCUGAAUGAAAUGGAACAAAAACUUCAUGAUGAACAAAAUGAAUAUCAAAUGGAUAUUAAUAAUUUAAAAACAGAUUUAUCUUGUUCGGAAUCUGUUGCGAAAGAAUUGCGAUCGAAAAUUGAUGAAUUGGAAGCAUCAUUGAAAAAUAUGGCAUCAGCUGAAUUUGAAGAUGAAUUUGUCUAUUAUAAAAAUCAAAUCGAUAGCCUAGUGAAAGAAUUGGAUAAAGAAAAACAAGAACGACAAAGACAACAGGAACAAUUUGAACAAACAAUUCGUUCGAAAGAUAAACAUUUAGAUCAAUGUAAAGAACAGAUGAAAAAGGAGAAAGAUUCAAUGAUACGUGAAAAAACUGAAUAUGAACAACGUUUCCGUAAAAUGAUGGCUAAAUUGAAAUCGAAAGAAAAUGAAAUCAAACAACUGCAAGAAAAAGUGGUGGUAUUGAAUGAAAAAUUUAAGCCACGACCUCAACGACAAAGACAACAGCAACAGCAACAGCCCGAUAAAUCUGAUAAUAAUGAAAACAUUGAUGAUCAAACCAAUGAUGGACAACUGUUAGCUGAAUUAGCAUUGAAUGAAAUAAAAUUGACAGAAAUGACCACUCGGCUAGAUGAUCAACAGGAACAAUUGCGCCAGAUGGAACAACAGCUUGAAAAUGAAAGACAACGACGAAGACAAUUGGAAACAUUUUAUUUGAAUUCAUUGAACAAUAAUAAUAAUGGUGAUGUUGAUAAUUAUUAUCAUCAACGAACGUUGUUCACUUCUCUCGAUGAUGAUUAUGGCAAUGAUGGAAGUGAUAAAAAUCUUAUUCACAAUCUAAAUAUUCAAAAAAAUGGUAAAUUACAAUCAAUGGACUUUUGGCAACAGGAUGAUCAUCAUCAUCAUUUUCAUAGUAAUAAUACAAAUGUCUAUAAUCCAUAUUCACAAUCAAGUUUGGCUUUAUCGAUGGAUGAUCAUCAACAAUCAUUAUCAUCAUCUUCUCAGCCAAGUUAUCCUGGUCAAGAACUGUCUUUAUAUACCAAGAUGAAACGAUGGUUACGACGGCAGAAAAAUAUCCUAUUAUUUGGAUCGACAAGAUCAAAAUUUAAUCGCAUCAUUAUCGUUGUCUAUCUUUUAUUGAUACAUUAUUUGGUUUUCAUUUAUUAUUCGGAUAAAAGUCAUAAUCAAAUCAGCGGUGGUCAUGGCCAAUCACCUGUCAUAAAUGCAGAUGAUGAUCAUCAUCAACAACAAUUCGUUGUCGAUCAAAAUUCUGAUCCAUUUAUUAUGGUAAAAGAAGAUGAUGAUACAUGAUCCAUUUCUUGGUUCUCGUUGAUUUAACCAACGAAAAUUGCGAUUAUUCAAUUCAUUAUUGCUACUUAUUAGAUUCAAACAGACAAAAAAAUAAUCAACAAACUCAACUCAUAUUAAUUAGAAUGAUUCACUAACCAAUUCAUCACUUAUUAUAAUUGAAUUAUUGUUUAUUGUUUCUGAAAUUGAAUAAAAAAAAAUUUGAAUGUUUCAA